GCAACUCCCAUCCCUUCCUAUCUAGCUAUCUCCCUCCACCAAUUUCCCAUCUCCACCUUUCCCUUCCUAUCUCUCUAUCUCCCAAUUUCACCAUGGCGGCAGAGCCGAGGAGCCACGACUGCGUUUUCCCCGCCACCAAGAAGCGUGGCCAGGACGAUUUCGACAGCGACGAUUUCUACCCUUCCAAGAAAGCCAUGCUGCCCCCCGGCGGCGUCUGGGAGGAUCCCGCCGCCGCGCUGGCCUCCGCCCGCCACGAGUUCGGCGAGCACGGCGGCGUCAACAUGUCCAUCGAGGCCUCCGCCACUUUCACCGUCAUGGAGCCCGAGACCAUGCGCCGCAUGUUCGCCGGCGAGCUCGGCCCCGACCGCGACUUCUUCAUCUACAGCCGCCAUUUCAACCCCACCGUCCUCAACCUCGGCCGUCAGAUGGCCGCCCUCGAAGCCACCGAGGCCGCCUACUGUACCGCCAGCGGUAUGUCCGCGAUAGCAUCGGUACUGCUGCAGCUUUGCAGCAGCGGGGGACACGUGGUGGCGUCGAGGGAGCUGUACGGUGGAACCCACGCGCUGCUGAGCCACUUCAUGCCGAGGGCAUGCAACAUUACGACGUCGUUCGUCAACAUAACGGACCUGGAGGCGGUGAGCAGCGCCGUGGUGGAAGGGCAGACCAAAGUCCUCUACUUCGAGUCAAUAUCCAACCCGACGCUCACCGUCGCCAACAUCCCGGAGCUCAGCCGCAUCGCUCACGACAAGGGCCUCACCGUGGUCGUCGACAACACCUUCGCCCCGAUGGUGCUGUCCCCCGCCAAGCUCGGCGCCGACGUCGUCGUUCACAGCAUUACCAAGUACGUCAGCGGCGGAGCCGACAUAAUUGCCGGUGCUGUGUGUGGGCCGGCUAGCCUGGUGAACUCGAUGAUGGAUCUGCGCCAGGGGGCUUUGAUGCUGCUUGGGCCGACGAUGAACGCCAAAGUGGCCUUCGAGCUGUCGGAGAGAAUCCCUCACUUGGGCCUGAGGAUGAAAGAGCACUGCAACAGAGCAAUGGUUUAUGCGACCAGGAUGAAGAAGAUGGGCCUGAAGGUUAUAUACCCGGGCCUGGAGGAGCACCCACAGCACCAGCUGUUGAAAUCCUUGGCCAACAAGGACUACGGCUUUGGCGGGCUGCUGGCCCUGGACAUGGUGACCGAGGACCGGGCCAACAAGUUGAUGAACCAGCUCCAGAACGUUACUCAGUUCGGGUUCAUGGCGGUCAGCCUGGGUUACUACGAGACCCUCAUGUCCUGCUCCGGCAGCAGCACCAGCAGCGAGAUGAACGAGGAGGAGAAGGAAGUCGCGGGGAUCUCGCCUGGGCUGAUCAGGAUGUCGGUUGGGUAUGUGGGGACUUUGGACCAGAAGUGGGCUCAGUUCGAGAAGGCAAUGUCGAGGAUGCCCAAGUAAAAGAAGUCGUCGGGUUUGUGUUCUUGCCGGGAGUUGGUAAAGGCAUAUGUUAGGGUUCUUGAUCAGUGACGCCUAUGUUGUUCUUGGUCUUUGUAAAAUCUGUUGCUUUGAGUGUUCCUUUACUUUAAUGUGCUGUUGGACUCGACUCCGGUUUAAUUUAUCUCGGUUCUUCCUUUACUUCGAGUGUUUCAUUAACGGUUAAUCUUGGGGGUUGGGGACCAAUUUGGGAGCAGCUGUUAAGACUGACCAGUUUUUCUUAAUGUUGAACCCUUUACAGAAUUGCAAUUUUAAAUUGACUAAAAUCACUUGACGUUAUCUCCA